CCCCAUUCUCCCUCUUUCCAUCACCCAGCCCCAUUCUCCCUCUUCCCAUCACCCAGCCCCAUUCUCCCUCUUUCCAUCACCCCGCCCCAUUCUCCCUCUUUCCAUCACCCAGCCCCAUUCUCCCGCUUUCCAUCACCCCGCCCCAUUCUCCCGCUUUCCAUCGCUCCGCCCCAUUCUACCGCUUUCCAUCGCCCCGCCCCAUUCUCCCUCUUUCCAUCGCCCGCCCCAUUCUCCCGCUUUCAAUCACCCCGCCCCAUUCUCCCUCUUUCCAUUACCCCGCCCCGUUCUCCCUCUUUCCAUUACCCCGCCCCAUUCUCCCUCUUUCCAUCACCCCCGCCCCAUUUUCUCCCUCUUUCCAUCACCCCGCCCGAUUUCUCCCUCUUUCCAUCACCCCGCCCCAUUCUCCCCAUCUUUCCAUCAACCAUGCCCCGUUCUCUCGCAUUCCAUCGCCCCGUCCUAUUCUCCCUCUUUCCAUUGCCCUGCCCCGUUCUCCCGGUUUCAAUCACCCCGUCCCAUUCUCUAUCUUUCCAUUGCCCCGCCCUGUUCUCCCUCUUUCCAUUACCCCGCCCCGUUCUCCCGCUUUCCAUCACCCCGCCCCAUUCUCCCGCUUUCUAUCACCCCGCCCCGUUCUCCCGCUUUCCAUCACCCCGCCCCGUUCUCCCGCUUUCCAUCACCCCACCCCAUUCCCUUCUUUCAAACACCCCGCCCCAUUAUCCCGCUUUCCAUCACCCAGCCCCAGUCUCCCUCCUUCCAUCACCCAGCCCCAUUCUCCCUCUUCCCAUCAACCAGCCCCAUUCUCCCUCUUUCCAUCACCCCGCCCCAUUCUCCCUCUUUCCAUCACCCAGCCCUAUUCUCCCGCCUUUCCAUCACCCCGCCCCAUUCUCCUGCUUUCCAUCACCCCGCCCCGUUCUCUCGCUUUCCAUCGCCCCGCCCCAUUCUCCCGCUUUCCAUCGCCCCGCCACAUUCUCCCGCUUUCCAUCGCCCCGCCCCAAUCUCCCGCUUUCCAUCACCCCGCCCCAUUCUCCCUCUUCCCACCGCCCCGCCCCAUUCUCCCUCUUUCCAUCACCCCGCCCCAUUCUCCCUCUUUCCAUCACCCCGCCCCAUUCUUCUGCUUUCCAUCACCCCGCCCCAUUCCCCCUCUUUCCAUCGCCCCGCCCCAUUCUCAAUCUUUCCAUCACCCAGCCUCAUUCUCCCUCUUUCCAUCACCCAGCCCCACUCUCCCUCUUUCCAUCACGCCGCCCCAUUCUCCCUCUUUCGAUCACCCAACCCCAUUCUCCCUCUUUCCAUCACCCCGCCCCAUUCUCCAUCUUUCCAUCACCCCGCCCCAUUCUCCCUCUUUCCAUCACCCCAGCCCAUUCUCCCGCUUUCCAUCACCCCGCCCCAUUCUCUAUCUUUCCAUCACCCCGCCCCGUUCUCCCGCUUUCCAUCACCCCGCCCCAUUCUCCCGCUUUCCAUCACCCCGCCCCAUUCUCCCUCUUUCCAACACCCAGCCCCAUUCCCCUUCUUUCAAACACCCCACCCCAUUAUCCCGCUUUCCAUCACCCAGCCCCAUUCUCCCUCUUUCCAUCACCCAGCCCCAUUCUCCCUCUUCCCAUCACCCAGCCCCAUUCUCCCUCUUUCCAUCACCCCGCCCCAGUCUCCCUCUUUCCAUCACCCAGCCCCAUUCUCCCGCUUUCCAUCACCCCACCCCAUUCUCCCGCUUUCCAUCGCCCCGCCCCAUUCUCCCGCUUUCCAUCGCCCCGCCCCAUUCUCCCUCUUUCCAUCACCCCGCCCCAUUCUCCCGCUUUCCAUCACCCCGCCCCAUUCUCCCUCUUUCCAUCACCCCGCCCCAUUCUCCCUCUUUCAAUCACCCCGCCCCAUUCUCCCAAUUUCCAUCACCCCGCCCCAUUCUCCCUCUAUCCAUCACCCCACCCCAUUCUCCCUCUUUCCAUCCCCCAGCUCCAUUCUCCCUCUUUCCAUUACCCUGCCCCGUUCUCCCUCUUUCCAUCACCCUGCCCCAUUCUCCCUCUUUCCAUCACCCGCUUUCCAUCACCCCGCCCCAUUCUCCCGCUUUCCAUCACCCCGCCCCAUUCUCCCUCUUUCCAUCACCCCGCCCCAUUCUGCCUCUUCCCAUCGCCCCGCCCCAUUCUCCCUCUUUCCAUCACCCCGCCCCAUUCUCCCUCUUUCCAUCACCCCGCCCCAUUCUCCCGCUUUCCAUCGCCCCGCCUCAUUCUCCCUCUUUCCAUCGCCCCGCCCCAUUCUCCCGCUUUCCACCGCCCCGCCCCAUUCUCCCUCUUUCCAUCACCCAGCCCCAUUCUCCCUCUUUCCAUCACCCAGCCCCUCCAUCACCCAGCCCCAUUCUCCCUCUUUCCAUCCCCCCGCCCCAUUCUCCCUCUUUCCAUCACCCCGCCCCAUUCUCCCGCUUUCCAUCACCCCGCCCCAUUCUCUAUCUUUCCAUCACCCCGCCCCGUUCUCCCUCUUUCCAUUACCCCGCCCCGUUCUCCCGCUUUCCAUCACCCCGCCCCAUUCUCCCUCUUUCCAUCACCCAGCCCCAUUCCCCUUCUUUCAAACACCCUGCCCCAUUAUCCCGCUUUCCAUCACCCAGCCCCAUUCUCCCUCUUUCCAUCACCCAGCCCCAUUCUCCCUCUUCCCAUCACCCAGCCCCAUUCUCCCUCUUUCCAUCACCCCGCCCCAUUCUCCCUCUUUCCAUCACCCAGCCCCAUUCUCCCGCUUUCCAUCACCCCGCCCCAUUCUCCCUCUUUCCAUCACCCCGCCCCAUUCACCCUCUUUCCAUCGCCCCGCCCCAUUCUACCGCUUUCCAUCGCCCCGCCCCAUUCUCCCUCUUUCCAUCACCCCGCCCCAUUCUCCCGCUUUCAAUCACCCCGCCCCAUUCUCCCUCUUUCCAUUACCCUGCCCCGUUCUCCCUCUUUCCAUCACCCCGCCCCAUUCUCCCUCUUUCAAUCACCCCGCCCCAUUCCCCCUCUUUCCAUUACCCUGCCCCAUUCUCCCUCUUUCCAUCACCCCGCCCCAUUCUCCCUCUUUCAAUCACCCCGCCCCAUUCUCCCUCUUUCCAUUACCCUGCCCCGUUCUCCCUCUUUUCAUCACCCCGCCCCAUUCUCCCUCUUUCCAUCACCCCGCCCCCUUCUCCUGCUUUCCAUCUCCCCGCCCCAAUCUCCCGCUUUCCAUCACCCCGCCCCAUUCUCCCGCUCUCCAUCACCCCGCCCCAUUCUCCCACUUUCAAUCACCCCGCCCCAUUCUACACCUUGUUAUCACCCUGCCCCAUUCUCCCGCUUUCCAUCGCCCCGCCUCAUUCUCCCGCUUUCCAUCGCCCCGCUCCAAUCUCCCGCUUUCCAUCACCCCACCCCAUUCUCCCUCUUUCCAUCACCCCGCCCCAGUCUGCCUCUUCCCAUCGCCCCGCCCCAUUCUCCCUCUUUCCAUCACCCCGCCCCAUUCUCCCUCUUUCCAUCACCCCGCCCCAUUCUCCCGCUUUCCAUCACCCCGCCUCAUUCUCCCUCUUUCCAUCGCCCCGCCCCAUUCUCCCGCUUUCCACCGCCCCGCCCCAUUCUCCCUCUUUCCAUCACCCAGCUCCAUUCUCCCUCUUUCCAUCACCCAGCCCCUCCAUCACCCAGCCCCAUUCUCCCUCUUUCCAUCACCCCGCCCCAUUCUCCCGCUUUCCAUCUCCCCGCCCCAUUCUCCCGCUUUCCAUCACCCCGCCCCAUUCUCCCGCUUUCCAUCACCCCGCCCCAUUCUCAAGCUUUCCAUCACCCCGCCCCAUUCUCCGCUUUCCAUCACCCAGCCCCAUUCUCCCGCUUUCCAUCACCCCGCCCCAUUCUCCCGCUUUCCAUCGCCCCGCCCCUAUCUCCCGCUUUCCAUCGCCCCGCCCCAUUCUCCCUCUUUCCAUCACCCCGCCCCAUUCUCCCUCUAUCCAUCACCCCGCCCCAUUCUCCUGCUUUCCAUCACCCCGCCAAAAUCUCCCUCUUUCCAUCGCCCCGCCCCAUUCUCCCGCUUUCCAUCGCCCCGCCCCAUUCUCCCUCUUUCCAUCACCCAGCCCCAUUCUCCCUCUUUCCAUCACCCAGCCCCAUUCUCCCUCUUUCCAUCACCCCGCCCCAUUCUCCCUCUUUCCAUCACCCCACCCCAUUCUCCCUCUUUCCAUCACCCCGCCCCGUUCUCCCUCUUUCCAUCACCUCGCCCCAUUCUCCCGCUUUCCAUCACCCCGCCCCAUUCUCCCUCUUUCCAUCGCCCCCCCCCCCAUUCUCCCUCUUUCCAUCACCCCGCCCCAUUCUCCCGCUUUCCAUCACCCCGCCCCAUUCUCCCUCUUUCCAUCGCCCCGCCCCAUUCUCCCUCUUUCCAUCACCCAGCCCCAUUCUCCCUCUUUCCAUCACCCAACCCCAUUCUCCCUCUUUCCAUCACCCCGCCCCAUUCUCCCUCUUUCCAUCACCCCGCCCCAUUCUCCCUCUUUCCAUCACCCCGCCCCAUUCUCCCUCUUUCCAUCACCCCGUCCCAUUCUCCCUCUUUCCAUCACCCUGCCCCGUUCUCUCGCUUUCCAUCGCCCCGUCCCAUUCUCCCUCUUUCCAUUGCCCCGCCCCAUUCUCCCGGUUUCCAUCACCCCGCCCCAUUCUCUAUCUUUCCAUCACCCCGCCCUGUUCUCCCUCUUUCCAUUACCCCGCCCCGUUCUCCCGCUUUCCAUCACCCCGCCCCAUUCUCCCGCUUUCCAUCACCCCGCCCCAUUCUCCCUCUUUCCAUCACCCAGCCCCAUUCCCUUCUUUCAAACACCCCGCCUCAUUAUCCCGCUUUCCAUCACCCAGCCCCAGUCUCCCUCUUUCCAUCACCCAGCCCCAUUCUCCCUCUUUCCAUCACCCCGCCCCAUUCUCCCUCUUUCCAUCACCCCGCCUCAUUCUCCCUCUUUCCAUCGCCCCGCCCCAUUCUCCCGCUUUCCAUCGCCCCGCCCCAUUCUCCCUCUUUCCAUCGCCCCGCCCCAUUCUCCCGCUUUCCAUCACCUCGCCCCAUUCUCCCUCUUUCCAUCACCCCGCCCCAUUCUCCCUCUUUCCAUCACCCCGCCCCAUUCUCCCUCUUUCCAUCACCCCGCCCCAUUCUCCUGCUUUCCAUCACCCCGCCCCAUUCUCCCUCUUUCCAUCGCCCCCCCCCCAUUCUCCCUCUUUCCAUCACCCCGCCCCAUUCUCCCGCUUUCCAUCACCCCGCCCCAUUCUCCCUCUUUCCAUCGCCCCGCAGCAUUCUCCCUCUUUCCAUCACCCAGCCCCAUUCUCCCUCUUUCCAUCACCCAACCCCAUUCUCCCUCUUUCCAUCACCCCGCCCCAUUCUCCCUCUUUCCAUCACCCCGCCCCAUUCUCCCUCUUUCCAUCACCCCGCCCCAUUCUCCCUCUUUCCAUCACCCUGCCCCGUUCUCUCGCUUUCCAUCGCCCCGUCCUAUUCUCCCUCUUUCCAUUGCCCUGCCCCGUUCUCCCGGUUUCAAUCGCCCCGUCCCAUUCUCAAUCUUUCCAUUGCCCCGCCCUGUUCUCCCUCUUUCCAUUACCCCGCCCCGUUCUCCCGCUUUCCAUCACCCCGCCCCAUUCUCCCGCUUUCCAUCACCCCGCCCCGUUCUCCCGCUUUCCAUCACCCCGCCCCGUUCUCCCGCUUUCCAUCACCCCACCCCAUUCCCUUCUUUCAAACACCCCGCCCCAUUAUCCCGCUUUCCAUCACCCAGCCCCAGUCUCCCUCUUUCCUUCACCCAGCCUCAUUCUCCCUCUUCCCAUCAACCAGCCCGAUUCUCCCUCUUUCCAUCACCCCGCCCCAUUCUCCCUCUUUCCAUCACCCAGCCCCAUUCUCCCGCCUUUCCAUCACCCCGCCCUAUUCUCCUGCUUUCCAUCACCCCGCCCCGUUCUCUCGCUUUCCAUCGCCCCGCCCCAUUCUCCCGCUUUCCAUCGCCCCGCCACAUUCUCCCGCUUUCCAUCGCCCCGCCCCAAUCUCCCGCUUUCCAUCACCCCGCCCCAUUCUCCCUCUUCCCACCGCCCCGCCCCAUUCUCCCUCUUUCCAUCACCCCGCCCCAUUCUCCUGCUUUCCAUCACCCUGCCCCAUUCCCCCUCUUUCCAUCGCCCCGCCCCAUUCUCAAUCUUUCCAUCACCCAGCCCCAUUCUCCCUCUUUCCAUCACCCAGCCCCACUCUCCCUCUUUCCAUCACGCCGCCCCAUUCUCCCUCUUUCGAUCACCCAACCCCAUUCUCCCUCUUUCCAUCACCCCGCCCCAUUCUCCCUCUUUCCAUCACCCCGCCCCAUUCUCCCUCUUUCCAUCACCCCGCCCCAUUCUCCCGCUUUCCAUCUCCCCGCCCCAUUCUCUAUCUUUCCAUCACCCCGCCCCGUUCUCCCUCUUUCCAUUACCCCGCCCCGUUCUCCCGCUUUCCAUCACCCCGCCCCAUUCUCCCGCUUUCCAUCACCCCGCCCCAUUCUCCCUCUUUCCAACACCCAGCCCCAUUCCCCUUCUUUCAAACACCCCACCCCAUUAUCCUGCUUUCCAUCACCCAGCCCCAUUCUCCCUCUUUCCAUCACCCAGCCCCAUUCUCCCUCUUCCCAUCACCCAGCCCCAUUCUCCCUCUUUCCAUCACCCCGCCCCAGUCUCCCUCUUUCCAUCACCCAGCCCCAAUCUCCCGCUUUCCAUCACCCCGCCCCAUUCUCCCGCUUUCCAUCGCCCCGCCCCAUUCUCCCGCUUUCCAUCGCCCCGCCCCAUUCUCCCUCUUUCCAUCACCCCGCCCCAUUCUCCCGCUUUCCAUCACCCCGCCCCAUUCUCCCUCUUUCCAUCACCCCGCCCCAUUCUCCCUCUUUCAAUCACCCCGCCCCAUUCUCCCAAUUUCCAUCACCCCGCCCCAUUCUCCCUCUAUCCAUCACCCCACCCCAUUCUCCCUCUUUCCAUCCCCCAGCCCCAUUCUCCCUCUUUCCAUUACCCUGCCCCGUUCUCCCUCUUUUUAUCACCCUGCCCCAUUCUCCCUCUUUCCAUCACCCCGCCCCCUUCUCCUGCUUUCCAUCUCCCCGCCCCAAUCUCCCGCUUUCCAUCACCCCGCCCUAUUCUCCCGCUUUCCAUCACCCCGCCCCAUUCUCCCACUUUCAAUCACGCCGCCCCAUUCUCCCGCUUGUUAUCACCCCGCCCCAUUCUCCCGCUUUCCAUCGCCCCGCCUCAUUCUCCCGCUUUCCAUCGCCCCGCCCCAAUCUCCCGCUUUCCAUCACCCCGCCCCAUUCUCCCUCUUUCCAUCACCCCGCCCCAUUCUGCCUCUUCCCAUCGCCCCGCCCCAUUCUCCCUCUUUCCAUCACCCCGCCCCAUUCUCCCUCUUUCCAUCACCCCGCCCCAUUCUCCCGCUUUCCAUCACCCCGCCUCUUUCUCCCUCUUUCCAUCGCCCCGCCCCAUUCUCCCGCUUUCCACCGCCCCGCCCCAUUCUCCCUCUUUCCAUCACCCAGCCCCAUUCUCCCUCUUUCCAUCACCCAGCCCCUCCAUCACCCAGCCCCAUUCUCCCUCUUUCCAUCCCCCCGCCCCAUUCUCCCUCUUUCCAUCACCCCGCCCCAUUCUCCCGCUUUUCAUCACCCCGCCCCAUUCUCCCGCUUUCCAUCACCCCGCCCCAUUCUCCCGCUUUCCAUCACCCCGCCCCAUUCUCCCUCUUUCCAUUGCCCCGCCCCAUUCUCCCUCUUUCCAUCGCCCCGCCCCAUUCUCCCGCUUUCCAUCACCCCGCCCCAUUCUCCCGCUUUCCAUCGCCCCGCUCCAAUCUCCCGCUUUCCAUCGCCCCGCCCCAUUCUCCCUCUUUCCAUCACCCCGCCCCAUUCUGCCUCUUCCCAUCGCCCCGCCCCAUUCUCCCUCUUUCCAUCACCCCACCCCAUUCUCCCGCUUUCCAUCACCCCGCCAAAAUCUCCCUCUUUCCAUCGCCCCGCCCCAUUCUCCCGCUUUCCAUCGCCCCGCCCCAUUCUCCCUCUUUCCAUCACCCAGCCCCAUUCUCCCUCUUUCCAUCACCCAGCCCCAUUCUCCCUCUUUCCAUCACCCCGCCCCAUUCUCCCUCUUUCCAUCACCCCGCCCCAUUCUCCCUCUUUCCAUCGCCCCCCCCCCCAUUCUCCCUCUUUCCAUCACCCCGCCCCAUUCUCCCGCUUUCCAUCACCCCGCCCCAUUCUCCCUCUUUCCAUCGCCCCGCCCCAUUCUCCCUCUUUCCAUCACCCAGCCCCAUUCUCCCUCUUUCCAUCAACCAACCCCAUUCUCCCUCUUUCCAUCACCCCGCCCCAUUCUCCCUCUUUCCAUCACCCCGCCCCAUUCUCCCUCUUUCCAUCACCCCGCCUCAUUCUCCCUCUUUCCAUCACCCUGCCCCGUUCUCUCGCUUUCCAUCGCCCCGUCCCAUUCUCCCUCUUUCCAUUGCCCCGCCCCAUUCUCCCGGUAUCCAUCACCCCGCCCCAUUCUCUAUCUUUCCAUCACCCCGCCCUGUUCUCCCUCUUUCCAUUACCCCGCCCCGUUCUCCCGCUUUCCAUCACCCCGCCCCAUUCUCCCGCUUUCCAUCACCCCGCCCCAUUCUCCCUCUUUCCAUCACCCAUCCCCAUUCCCUUCUUUCAAACACCCCGCCCCAUUAUCCCGCUUUCCAUCACCCAGCCCCAGUCUCCCUCUUUCCAUCACCCAGCCCCAUUCUCCCUCUUCCCAUCAACCAGCCCCAUUCUCCCUCUUUCCAUCACCCCGCCCCAUUCUCCCUCUUUCCAUCACCCCGCCUCAUUCUCCCUCUUUCCAUCGCCCCGCCCCAUUCUCCCGCUUUCCAUCGCCCCGCCCCAUUCUCCCUCUUUCCAUCGCCCCGCCCCAUUCUCCCGCUUUCCAUCACCUCGCCCCAUUCUCCCUCUUUCCAUCACCCCGCCCCAUUCUCCCUCUUUCCAUCAACCCGCCCCAUUCUCCCUCUUUCCAUCACCCCGCCCUAUUCUCCCUCUUUCCAUCACCCCGACCCAUUCUCCCACUUUCCAUCACCCCGCCCCAUUCUCCCUCUUUCCAUCGCCCCCCCCCCAUUCUCCCUCUUUCCAUCACCCCGCCCCAUUCUCCCGCUUUCCAUCACCCCGCCCCAUUCUCCCUCUUUCCAUCGCCCCGCCCCAUUCUCCCUCUUUCCAUCACCCAGCCCCAUUCUCCCUCUUUCCAUCACCCAACCCCAUUCUCCCUCUUUCCAUCACCCCGCCCCAUUCUCCCUCUUUCCAUCACUCCGCCCCAUUCUCCCUCUUUCCAUGACCCCGCCCCAUUCUCCCUCUUUCCAUCACCCUGCCCCGUUCUCUCGCUUUCCAUCGCCCCGUCCCAUUCUCCCUCUUUCCAUUGCCCUGCCCCGUUCUCCCGGUUUCCAUCGCCCCGUCCCAUUCUCUAUCUUUCCAUUGCCCCGCCCUGUUCUCCCUCUUUCCAUUACCCCGCCCCGUUCUCCCGCUUUCCAUCACCCCGCCCCAUUCUCCCGCCUUCCAUCACCCCGCCCCCCCCAGUCUCCCUCUUUCCAUCACCCAGCCCCAUUCUCCCUCUUCCCAUCAACCAGCCCCAUUCUCCCUUUUUCCAUCACCCCGCCCCAUUCUCCCUCUUUCCAUCACCCCGCCCCAUUCUCCCUCUUUCCAUCACCCCGCCCCAUUCUCCAUCUUUCCAUCACCUCGCCCCAUUCUCCCGCUUUCCAUCACCCCGCCCCAUUCUCCCUCUUUCCAUCGCCCCCCCCCCCAUUCUCCCUCUUUCCAUCACCCCGCCCCAUUCUCCCGCUUUCCAUCACCCCGCCCCAUUCUCCCUCUUUCCAUCGCCCCGCCCCAUUCUCCCUCUUUCCAUCACCCAGCCCCAUUCUCCCUCUUUCCAUAACCCAUCCCCAUUCUCCCUCUUUCCAUCACCCCGCCCCAUUCUCCCUCUUUCCAUCACCCCGCCCCAUUUUCCCUCUUUCCAUCACCCCGCCCCAUUCUCCCUCUUUCCAUCACCCUGCCCCGUUCUCUCGCUUUCCAUCGCCCCGUCCCAUUCUCUCUCUUUCCAUUGCCCCGCCCCAUUCUCCCGGUUUCCAUCACCCCGCCCCAUUCUCUAUCUUUCCAUCACCCCGCCCUGUUCUCUCUCUUUCCAUUACCCCGCCCCGUUCUCCCGCUUUCCAUCACCCCGCCCCAUUCUCCCGCUUUCCAUCACCCCGCCCCAUUCUCCCUCUUUCCAUUACCCAUCCCCAUUCCCUUCUUUCAAACACCCCGCCCCAUUAUCCCGCUUUCCAUCACCCAGCCCCAGUCUCCCUCUUUCCAUCACCCAGCCCCAUUCUCCCUCUUCCCAUCAACCAGCCCCAUUCUCCCUCUUUCCAUCACCCCGCCCCAUUCUCCCUCUUUCCAUCACCCCGCCUCAUUCUCCCUCUUUCCAUCGCCCCGCCCCAUUCUCCCGCUUUCCAUCGCCCCGCCCCAUUCUCCCUCUUUCCAUCGCCCCGCCCCAUUCUCCCGCUUUCCAUCACCUCGCCCCAUUCUCCCUCUUUCCAUCACCCCGCCCCAUUCUCCCUCUUUCCAUCAACCCGCCCCAUUCUCCCUCUUUCCAUCACCCCGCCCUAUUCUCCCUCUUUCCAUCACCCCGACCCAUUCUCCCACUUUCCAUCACCCCGCCCCAUUCUCCCUCUUUCCAUCGCCCCCCCCCCAUUCUCCCUCUUUCCAUCACCCCGCCCCAUUCUCCCGCUUUCCAUCACCCCGCCCCAUUCUCCCUCUUUCCAUCGCCCCGCCCCAUUCUCCCUCUUUCCAUCACCCAGCCCCAUUCUCCCUCUUUCCAUCACCCAACCCCAUUCUCCCUCUUUCCAUCACCCCGCCCCAUUCUCCCUCUUUCCAUCACUCCGCCCCAUUCUCCCUCUUUCCAUCACCCCGCCCCAUUCUCCCUCUUUCCAUCACCCUGCCCCGUUCUCUCGCUUUCCAUCGCCCCGUCCCAUUCUCCCUCUUUCCAUUGCCCUGCCCCGUUCUCCCGGUUUCCAUCGCCCCGUCCCAUUCUCUAUCUUUCCAUUGCCCCGCCCUGUUCUCCCUCUUUCCAUUACCCCGCCCCGUUCUCCCGCUUUCCAUCACCCCGCCCCAUUCUCCCGCCUUCCAUCACCCCGCCCCGUUCUCCCGCUUUCCAUCACCCCGCCCCGUUCUCCCGCUUUCCAUCACCCCGCCCCAUUCCCUUCUUUCAAACACCCCGCCCCAUUAUCCCGCUUUCCAUCACCCAGCCCCAGUCUCCCUCUUUCCAUCACCCAGCCCCAUUCUCCCUCUUCCCAUCAACCAGCCCCAUUCUCCCUUUUUCCAUCACCCCGCCCCAUUCUCCCUCUUUCCAUCACCCCGCCCCAUUCUCCCUCUUUCCAUCACCCCGCCCCAUUCUCCAUCUUUCCAUCACCUCGCCCCAUUCUCCCGCUUUCCAUCACCCCGCCCCAUUCUCCCUCUUUCCAUCGCCCCCCCCCCCCAUUCUCCCUCUUUCCAUCACCCCGCCCCAUUCUCCCGCUUUCCAUCACCCCGCCCCAUUCUCCCUCUUUCCAUCGCCCCGCCCCAUUCUCCCUCUUUCCAUCACCCAGCCCCAUUCUCCCUCUUUCCAUAACCCAUCCCCAUUCUCCCUCUUUCCAUCACCCCGCCCCAUUCUCCCUCUUUCCAUCACCCCGCCCCAUUUUCCCUCUUUCCAUCACCCCGCCCCAUUCUCCCUCUUUCCAUCACCCUGCCCCGUUCUCUCGCUUUCCAUCGCCCCGUCCCAUUCUCUCUCUUUCCAUUGCCCCGCCCCAUUCUCCCGGUUUCCAUCACCCCUCCCCAUUCUCUAUCUUUCCAUCACCCCGCCCUGUUCUCUCUCUUUCCAUUACCCCGCCCCGUUCUCCCGCUUUCCAUCACCCCGCCCCAUUCUCCCGCUUUCCAUCACCCCGCCCCAUUCUCCCUCUUUCCAUUACCCAUCCCCAUUCCCUUCUUUCAAACACCCCGCCCCAUUAUCCCGCUUUCCAUCACCCAGCCCCAGUCUCCCUCUUUCCAUCACCCAGCCCCAUUCUCCCUCUUCCCAUCAACCAGCCCCAUUCUCCCUCUUUCCAUCACCCUGCCCCAUUCUCCCUCUUUCCAUCACCCCGCCUCAUUCUCCCUCUUUCCAUCGCCCCGCCCCAUUCUCCCGCUUUCCAUCGCCCCGCCCCAUUCUCCCUCUUUCCAUCGCCCCGCCCCAUUCUCCCGCUUUCCAUCACCUCGCCCCAUUCUCCCUCUUUCCAUCACCCCGCCCCAUUCUCCCUCUUUCCAUCAACCCGCCCCAUUCUCCCUCUUUCCAUCACCCCGCCCCAUUCUCCCUCUUUCCAUCACCCCACCCCAUUCUCCCGCUUUCCAUCACCCCGCCCCAUUCUCCCUCUUUCCAUCGCCCCCCCCCCAUUCUCCCUCUUUCCAUCACCCCGCCCCAUUCUCCCGCUUUCCAUCACCCCGCCCCAUUCUCCCUCUUUCCAUCGCCCCGCCCCAUUCUCCCUCUUUCCAUCACCCAGCCCCAUUCUCCCUCUUUCCAUCACCCAACCCCAUUCUCCCUCUUUCCAUCACCCCGCCCCAUUCUCCCUCUUUCCAUCACUCCGCCCCAUUCUCCCUCUUUCCAUCACCCCGCCCCAUUCUCCCUCUUUCCAUCACCCUGCCCCGUUCUCUCGCUUUCCAUCGCCCCGUCCCAUUCUCCCUCUUUCCAUUGCCCUGCCCCGUUCUCCCGGUUUCCAUCGCCCCGUCCCAUUCUCUAUCUUUCCAUUGCCCCGCCCUGUUCUCCCUCUUUCCAUUACCCCGCCCCGUUCUCCCGCUUUCCAUCACCCCGCCCCGUUCUCCCGCUUUCCAUCACCCCGCCCCGUUCUCCCGCUUUCCAUCACCCCGCCCCAUUCCCCUCUUUCAAACACCCCGCCCCAUUAUCCCGCUUUCCAUCACCCAGCCCCAGUCUCCCUCUUUCCAUCACCCAGCCCCAUUCUCCCUCUUCCCAUCAACCAGCCCCAUUCUCCCUCUUUCCAUCACCCCGCCCCAUUCUCCCUCUUUCCAUCACCCAGCCCCAUUCUCCCGCCUUUCCAUCACCCCGCCCCAUUCUCCUGCUUUCCAUCGCCCCGCCCCAUUCUCCCGCUUUCCAUCGCCCCGCCCCAUUCUCCCUCUUUCCAUCGCCCCGCCCCAUUCUCUCGCUUUCCAUCACCCUGUCCCAUUCUCCCUAUUUCCAUCACCCCACCCCAUUCACCCUCUUUCAAUCACCCCGCCCCAUUCUCCUACUUUCCAUCACCCCGCCCCAUUCUCCCUCUAUCCAUCACCCGCCCCAUUCUCCCUCUUUCCAUCACCCAGCCCCAUUCUCCCUCUUUCCAUUACCCUGCCCCGUUCUUCCUCUUUCCAUCACCCCGCCCCAUUCUCCCUCUUUCCAUCACCCCGCCCCGUUCUCCUGCUUUCCAUCGCCCCGCCCCAUUCUCCCUCUUUCCAUCACCCCGCCCCAUUCUCCCUCUUUCCAUCACCCCGCCCCAUUCUUCCUCUUUCCAUCACCCCGCCCCGUUCUCCCUCUUUCCAUUACCCGGCCCCGUUCUCCCGCUUUCCAUCACCCCGCCCCGUUCUCCCACUUUCCAUCACCCCGCCCCUUUCUCCCACUUUCCAUCACCCCGCCCCAUUCUCCCUCUUUCCAUCACCCCGCCCCAUUCUCCCUCUUUCCAUCACCCAGGCCCAUUCUCCCACUUUCCAUCACCCCGCCCCAUUCUCCCGCUUUCCAUCACCCCGCCCCAUUCUCCCGCUUUCCAUCACCCCGCCCCAUUCUCCCGCUUUCCAUCACCCCGCCCCAUUCUCCCGCUUUCCAUCGCCCAGCCCAUUCUCCCGCUUUCCAUCGCCCCGCCCCAAUCUUCCGCUUUCCAUCACCCCGCCCCAUUCUCCCUCUUUACAUCACCCCGCCCCAUUCUCCCGCUUUCCAUCACCCCGCCCCAUUCUCCCUCUUUCCAUCACCCCGCCCCGUUCUCCCUCUUUCCAUCACCCAGCCCAAUUCUCCCGCUUUCCAUCACCCCGCCCCAUUCUCUCGCUUUCCAUUGCCCCGCCCCAUUCUCCCGCUUUCCAUCACCCCGCCUCAUUCUCCCGCUUUCCAUCACCCCGCCCCAUUCUCCCGCUUUCCAUCACCCCGCCCCAUUCUCCCUCAUUCAAUCACCCCGCCCUAUUCUCCCUCUUUCCAUCACCCCGCCCCAUUCUCCCGCUUUCCAUCACCCCGCCCCAUUCUCCCGCUUUCCAUAACCCCGCGCCAUUCUCCCGCUUUCCAUCACCCCGCCCCAUUCUCCCGCUUUCCAUCACCCCGCCCCAUUCUCCCGCUUUCCAUCACCGCGCCCCAUUCUCCCGCUUUCCAUCGCGCAGCCCCAUUCUCCCGCUUUCCAUCGCCCCGCCCCAUUCUCCCGCUUUCCAUCACCCCGCCCCAUUCUCCCGCUUUCCAUCACCCCGCCCCAUUCUCCCGCUUUCCAUCACCCCGCCCCACUCUCCCGCUUUCCAUCACCCCGCCCCAUUCUCCCGCUUUCCAUCACCCCGCCCCAUUCUCCCGCAUUCCAUCACCCCGCCCCACUCUCCCGCUUUCCAUCACCCCGUCCCAUUCUCCCGCUUUCCAUCACCCCACCCCAUUCUCACGCUUUCCAUCACCCCGCCUCAUUCUCCCUCUUUCCAUCGCCCCGCCCCAUUCUCCCUCUUUCCAUCGCCGCGCCCCAUUCUCCCGCUUUCCAUCUCCCCGCCCCAUUCUCCCGCUUUCCAUCACCCCGCCCCAUUCUCCCGCUUUCCAUCACCCCGCCCCAUUCUCCCUGCGAAGAAAGCUAUUCUACGGGACAGCUGAAUUGU